GGGCAGGGCGGGGAGGCGGAGGAGGAGAGAGGCGGUGGGUGGGCGCUCCGGCCUGCCCUUCUGCCGCCGCUGUGUUUACAUCCGGCGUCUCUCCCUGGGCCUUUCCUGGGCGCUCUCCCGGCUCCAGAGGCCUCCCUCUUCCCUCCUCCCAGGCCGGGCCAAUGCAGGGCCAUGGACACCAGCGACCUCUUCUUCAGCUGCAAGAAAGGCGACGUCUGCCGAGUGCGAUACCUUCUUGAACAGAGGGAUGUUGAAAUCAACGUCCGAGAUAAAUGGGACAGUACCCCUUUAUACUAUGCUUGUCUCUGUGGACAUGAAGAACUUGUACGGUACCUUCUGGCCAAUGGUGCAAAAUGUGAAGUAAACACCUUUGACGGAGAGCGUUGCUUAUAUGGGGCCCUGAGUGAUACUAUCCGACGGGUGCUAAAAGAGUACAAGCAGAUCACAGCAAAGUGUAUGAAAAGGGAUUACUACGAUGUCUUCCUUCAACGGCUUCUAGAACAGGGAUAUCAAAGUGACAUUGUCUUUAUCGUCCAUGGGAAGUCCUUCUGUGCUCAUCGCUGCAUACUUGGUGCCCGAAGUGCAUAUUUCGCAGAAAUGUUUGAGACCAAGUGGAAGGGGAAGAAUGUCAUAGCACUGAAGCAUCCACUGAUCAACCCAGCUGCCUUUGGUUCCCUUCUGCAGUACCUCUAUACAGGUCGAUUAGACAUAGAUGUUGAAUAUGUGAGUGACUGCAAAAGACUGGCUAAGCAAUGUCGGCUCCAGGAUCUCAUUGAAGAUUUGGAAACCAAGUGUAAAAAGGUCUAUGAAUUUGUCUCUUCCAAGCCAGGGACUUGUGUGAAGGUGCUAACAAUUGAGCCCACAGGUAACUCAAGGUUGCAGGAAGACCUGGCUCUGCUAGCAGACUGUGCCCUUCCAGCUGAACUCAGGGUAGGUUUUGGAGAGUUGCCAUUCGACAGCACAGACAACUUCAGCAGCUGUCCUGAUGUGUGUUUCCGGGUGGCUGACUACAAUUUCUUGUGCCACAAGGCGUUUUUCUGUGGCCGCAGUGACUAUUUCAAAGCCCUCUUAGAGGAUCAUUUUUCUGAAAGCGAGGAGCUACAGACGCAGCCCAGCAUUCCUGUGGUGACCCUUCAUGACAUUUCAGAGGAGAUCUUUAUCAGGGUCCUCUAUUACAUCUACAGUGAUGACACAGAGCUGUCUCCUGAGAACGCCUACGAGGUGCUCUGUGUUGCAGACAUGUAUCUUUUGCCUGGACUCAAACGUCUUUGCGGGAGAACUUUGGCACAAGUUCUUGACGAGGACAGUGUUGUCAGCAUCUGGAAGAUUGCCAAGCUUUUCCAGCUAACCCGACUGGAGGAUCAGUGCACAGAGUAUAUGGCAAAGAUCAUUGAAAAGCUAGUGGAGCUUGAGGAGUUUGCAGCGGCAGUAAAGGAGAAUGCGGAGGCAGUGGAGGAAAGACAGGAGACAGACUCCAUUCCUCUUGUAGAUGACAUCCGCUUCCACAUAACCAGUAAUGUGCAAACGUACAGUGCCAUUGAAGAGGCUAACCAAAAACUAGAGGCUCUAGAUAAUCUGCUAGCCAGCAUUGGACUUGAAUGUUAACCUGGGACAAUCUCCUGUGUGACUUCAUGGCAGAUCAGCCCAGAGUUCAGUUAACAGUGCUAUUGUCAUUCUCUCUCUCUCCUUGCCCUUUGAAUUUUGUUGUCCCUUCUUAUUUUAAUGCAAGAAAUCACUUUCUGAGUUUUAAAAUAUCUAUGAUAGCCUUUAUUUCUCCUAAGAAUCAUCAAACACAGCUCAGGUUUAAAAUCUUUGCUGUUAAUACAUGAUACUGUUAGCGUUAUUUGCAAGCCCUAUUUAAUUAAUGUAUGAUUUGAUACAUGUGGUAUUAUACGUAGUCUGGUGAUGCUAAUUGAAAAUUGGUGCAAUAUGUAAUGCAAUGGCACGAGAGCUUUCAGCGAGGAGACUAACACAAUAUACAUUCAAGGCAGUGGCUGGUUAUGAAUAAAUCAAGAUUGCUUUCCAUGGUCCAUAUUAUAAAGGGUAAGUAUGGUGACAGACGCUUUUACAGAGCUUCAAGGAUGUGGUGAGUAGAUUUUUCUGCUGCUCGCCUUUCCGAAAUAAAUGAUUGCUAUGUUUCUUUAUCCUGGAAACGUAUCUUCUAGACGUGCACAACUGGGGCAGAGCAGAAGCUCAGCAAUUCAGAUGCCUUAUUCUUCAGAAGCUCACAUUCACUGACAUUAUUAUCUUUUUAUUCCACACUUUUGGCUUUACUUAUUAAAGUACAGUGCUUUGCCAGGUUGCAUGGGUUAACCUUUAUCUGCGAUGCAAAAUGCUUGGUCACUUACUCUUUGGUUGUUGCUAUUUAAACAUGGAAGUUUAGCAAGGACUUCAGUUAUUUCUAUCUAUUCCAUUCCAGGUACUGAAGUGACAUUUAAUGGGUUUCCUUGUAUCUGAAGGCUUAGUUGUUGUAGUACCCAUAACCCUUAGAUGCCAAUAUGGAGUAUGUGUGUAUGUGACAUGGGGUCUUUUCCUUUGGAACAGAAGCCAAAACUCGUCCUUUUGAAGAUCCUGUUAUCCAAGGGAGUUGGGAAGAGUUGUCAUACUGCCUACUCCAUUUUUACCACUAGCUGUCAAACCAUUUUGCACCACAUUUGAAUAUAUCCAUAUACCAAGAUGGCAUGAUCUGUAUACUGUAAAAUUUGGAGUUCAUUAACCAGAUCACACAAUUUUGAUCUGUGCCCAUUAGAGUAUAGAUAUUUGACCGCAUGGUGCUAAUGGGCAUGCACUAAUAUGCAAGUAUGCACAUGAAAAAGCUAAUCUGUAGUUCCAGCAAUUGUAAGCCACUGUAUCAAGCUGAUUGCUGCCAAGAGUAGCCAGAGAACUGCAGUGGGAGGUAUUGCUCCCUCUUCUCUGUGAAUGGCAUCUAUGGGUUAAUGAAAAUAUACCUGCAAAGUAGCAGGAGAAUGGCAUAGAAUACCCUCAAUAGUCAUGAGUUAUCAAUUCUUCAGAUUGGCCUCUGGUAACCUGCAUUAACAUGAUGGACAUAAAAUAUACUACAUAACUGGUUGAAGGUUGGGGAAUUGUUAAUGUGUGGACUAGGGUGGUAGUUGCCAGAGCUAAAAUAAUGCCUUCCAAAAGCUCGCGAACACCUCAAGUAUGCUGUGCCUUGCCUCCCCACUGCUCACAUUGAAAUAACAUGGAGGGCUGUAUCUAACAGCCGGUUGGGCUGCACAAUGCCCAUUCUAGUUGACUUGUUUUUCUCCAUUAAUUACCAGAUUUGCUAAGAGAGAUCCCUUAAGGCUGCCAGGGAUUAGUGAUGUUUUAAUGCAGGAAACUUUCUUGAGUCAUCCUAGAAAGUAUUUUGGCAUUUCCUGCCUUGGUGGGAUAAGAAAGGGAGAGAGAGUGUGAUGGAAAAAUUGAGAAACACAAGAAAAACGUGUGGUACAACAUGGAAACUUUUAACACUAGCCAAGAUCAUGCAGGAGAUCUGUACUGCAUUGCCUCUGUAGAAUUAUGCAUUUAAAUUUAUUAAUUUGACAGGGAAAUAAAUGAAUAGAAUAUGAUUGCUUCUCAAGUAAUACUGCUAUUAAGUGUUACAUUAACUUCAAUAGAGACAUUGACCUGGCGUAUGUGAUACUGAUCCUCAUUAACUUCAGCUUUCCAUAAUAAUGCUUUCCAAUAAUAAGUUUCACAUCCUCAGCUAAGGGUUGGUUUUGCCAUUUUCCAUGCCAUGACAGUGAUAAGAGCCCUUUGUUCUGUUCUUUCCCAUUCCACUGCUUGUCUCUUUGUGGCUUGAAUUUAGGUAGCAUUGGGUAAACGCAGAAAUUGGGCUUGUGCUCAUCAGAAAGUAUCUGCCAGGCUAGGAAUACAUCUUUGUUAAAUGCUUUGUGAAAAAGGUGAAACAAAAUGGAAGGAGGGAGGUAUGUACGGUAUAUGUUUCAGGUUUCCUAUAUUAGGUAUUCAUAACACCAGAGAGGCAUAGUAGUAGAACAAAGUGAUUUGAUCUAGAUAUCUCCAAAAGAAUGAAUAUUGCCUACAUGGCAUUGCUUCGUUUGGGGUCUCCCAGAGAUGCUGAGGCAUUAUGUCUUGUUUCACCUCUGUUCUGGAAUAUAUCAAAGGACCCUUUAUCAGUGUUGAUUCUCUAUACGAGUCUCCUUCAGGCCUAAACACAUAAAAUAUAUGCAACAUAGAACCUAUUUAGGAGUGACAAAGUGAGAUGCAUUUUCUUGAACGAUGGAGAAUCUUGAGGAUGGCAUUAUGCAAAGGAAGGCAAAAGCUUUUUUAAAAAAAGGAACAGCGCAAAUCCAAAAUCAUUUUGAGAAAGCUCAAAUGCAAGAACUGUAAAGUAAUGACUUAGCAAAUCCACUAUCAAACAAAGUUUGAUGCUAUAAUGAAGGAAGCCUAGAGGCUGUCCUCUAUCGUGGAAUGCAUCAUCGUUAUAUUGGCAAAAGUUGAUCGGAGUUACAGCCAUCAGCAUCCGGAGAACACAGGCUCCUCGCCUCUGGUCAAAAGCAAUAAAAAUUUAUUCUAUUAGGAAUGGGUUUUCCAUGAAUUAAUAGGAAGGGCCCUGCAGUUUUUUCCAUUCUUUUUGAGAUUUGGUUCUGUUCCUCAGUCUUCGUCUUAGCCAUCUGAAACAUUUUUCAUGAUAUCUGUUGAAUUCAAGCCAAUGAUAUAAAUACUUGGUUUUUAUAUGAAUAACUCUGCCACUGAAUUGCUAGAGCAAAAAAUAAACACAAGGACACAGAGGGAUCAGCACAGUCAAAGUGAAACAAAUAGAAGAAAUUGAGGAUAAAUACAACAUUGGGAUCCAGUGAAAGGUCAAGGGAAUCAAAAGUUGGGCUGGCCUUUUCCAGUAACAGCUUUGCUCAGAGUACUGCAUAAAUUCAGAAUGACUUAUCGGCAUGAUUGUAUUCAGUAGUUCUGCCUCCGAGUUCAAGAUCCUCAGUGAAUUGUCCCAGCAUCCCAACUGUCUGAGAUAUGAUUUACUUUAUUGCCUUUUGCAAAUCGGGGCUUGCAGGAGAUGAGGUGGGCAAAUACCACAAGCUGUGCAACCUUUGUUCAAAAAUUACAUACUUUAAGUGCAAAGAAAAGGGAGAUUAUGGGUUCCUUAUAUUUAUUGAACAUGUUCUUGCCUUUUGGUGCAACAGCAUUGUAAACCAAUUUAAAAGAUUUUUCUUCUGAUUAUUUAUAGUCCCUCUUGUUUACAUUGGAUUCAUCUUCUGAUGUUUGUUAAAGAGAAUGUGCAAAGCUUUUCAGAAUGGCAAUAUAAUAAUAUAUUUAAUAGCUUAAUAUAUAAGCAUGUGUGAGACAAUAAAGAGUCUAUUUCAUUAGA